CGGCAUUCCGUGAGCAUCAAUUACGCGAGAUUGAUUUUUGUGAUAUUGUGAUCGUGGUGGUGUUUAUUUUAAUGUGUCGUGUGGUUAGUGUUACAUGUGAUAUUCGAGAGCAAAAGGAUUUCGGGUGAAGCGUUGAGCCUUCGAUAUUUUAUUUGUCCCGUUGAUUCGGACUGAAGUGUUCGUGGAGAUCGAGGAGAUAUCGGAAUUAUCAGCAAAUAAAGGAAUAAGAUACCUUUGUAGUUCAAUAUUUGGGCGAUAGAGAUGACGUGUCACGCGGAUUUCACUCUCGAUCGUCAUUGAGCUGUUGUUGAACUGAUUAUUUUGAGUUUGAGGGGUUAUUUAGCUGAGCAAAUAUGACUAUCGCCAGUAAUAUCGUUGUCGAGUGGCUGCGAUCGCUCCACCUCGGUCAGUACUCGGAAUCAUUCAUCGAUAAUGGGUACGAUGAUCUCGAGAUAUGCAAGCAAAUUGGGGAUCCCGAUUUGGACGCCAUUGGUGUGUUCAAUCAGAAUCAUCGGGCCCGACUACUCCAGUCUGUGAAAACCCUCAGGGAGGAGGGGGCAGCCAGUGUUUACUUUACCCUCGAGGAGACAAAUGACUGUUUGUGUGACAAUGUCAGUUCAAAGUCAUCGAGAACAUCGUCGGAGAGACCGCCGAGUGAUAAAGAGGCGCAGAGGGCAUCACCCACAGCUAGUUCGUCAAGUGGUGGACAGGAGUUAACAAAGUUUGCUGAUGAGUACGAGGAGGGCAAGGCUGAACUUGUCAGAAUACCCAGGAUGCAGCUCAAGAUCUUGAUUCAGGAGAAACUUCGACACGAUGGGAUUCGACUUGCUUGUCAGCCGUAUACAACACCGGAGGGUGAGCAGGGAUACUUGGAGGGACUAGCGUCAAGGUACGCAGACCUCUUCAGAACGCAUUACGGUGAUGUCCUGGAGCCCCUCGAGGAGCUCCGACGCCGUGAAACAAAUGCCUCACCAAGAAUACCUAACACUCAGCUCACAACCAGUCAUUCGCAACCCAUUUACGUACCCGGAAAAUACUCGCCUUCAAGUUGCCUGAGUGACAAGGAAGAGGACGAAAUAUACGGUUUUGGAUAUGGUGUCUUUGGUCGCCAAAUGCUCCAACAGAGACAACAGAAACUCGCCCUUGCCACUCAAAACCCCGCCAUCGGUCUUACCGGACAUCAUCAAACAUACCAAAGUUGCCUGAGCCCGAGAUCAGCGUUCUUCUAUGAGUUUCCACCCAACGAGCAAGGACAGAAUACGAGUAAAAAGAAAACUACGUUCUCACGACUGCUGAGGGGACUGAAGACACACAGAAAAGAGAAGCAGGGUCAGUCACAGGGUUCACCGAGGCACGGGCGUGCGAGAAUGGGAGUGCCACAGAGGGUGGAUACACCAGACAGUGUACUGCAGAGUGGCCUCGGGUUGGGCUCUGAUAUGGGACACACCAUCCUGAGGUCUAUGGUGGAUCCCCGGGAUUACGACAGGCUCAAGUAUUUUCAGAUGAAUGGGGGACAGGCCAACAGCUUCGAGGAAACCAUUCACAGGUUAAAGGUGCAGGACGCUUUGAGGAAAAAAGAGCGCUUCCACAAAGAACACGAAGAGAUUCUGAGAGACAUUCGGCAGGGUCUAAUGCAGUUGGGGAGAGACGGUCGAGGUCAAAAUCCUGGAGAUGACACGUACAUGUACGACGAGGAUGCGAGGUGUGGGGGAGCCAGUGGCCUUGGACCAGGGCCGGGAGGACAGCAUUGGUAUGAUGAGCCCCCUUAUGAAUCUGAUCCUGAAGAUUUCCUCAUGGGUGCCAGUGGGGGACCUGUGCCAACAGCUACUAUUCAAAAUGGAAGAGUGUGCUUCACCCUAAACCUUCGACCCGAGAAUCGUGGUGAGGGUGUGAUAUCCCUUCGGACAGCGGGUGACAUAAGCCUCCCCCGUGAUCGUUCACGAAAAGCAGCAAUGUCGACAAUGAGAGGUCUCAUUGUCCCUCAGGGACACAACAAUCCACCAACCAUCAUUCCACUCACGCAUUCCAGAGCAUCACGCGAGAGUGGUGAUUACGCCAGCAGCGACGUACAGCAUGUGAACUCGAGAUUGUCGACUGUGUCGGUGGACAGGAGCGAGAAGAUAAUGAUUGGUCAACUUCACCACUGUCCCCAGUACCACUAUCAACGCCACCAAUCAACCAACAAUUACCAAUGCCACUCAUCGUCACCCUGUAGCAAUCAACGUCGUCCUGUAGCAACUACCUCAGCUAGUAUCACAAGUACAGGGGUCAAAUCGUCGAAAUCCAUUCCACAACGUAGCAUACACGAAUAUAGUCGGAGCAGCGGUGAGGAGGGUUUAUCGCCAAGCCAAUCGAGUGAUUACGAGGACCAGGAGGAAUUAGAGAAUCAACACUCGGCAGCCGUUCAUACAUCGGAGGCCAGUGCUCUUCUGGAGGGUGAUGCGAGAGCCGGGAUAGCAGGGAGAGCGAGGAAUUUGAGGCAUGAUGUGCAGAGGAAAAUUACGAGGCUGAGACAAGACAGAGCGUCCUCCGAGGCAUUUCCAUGCAGUGCGAGUAGUGUUGAGAGCCUACCCAGUGGUAGUGGAUCGAGUACACAGGCAUUGGUGAGAGCUGGUAGCAAUCACAGCUCUAUAUCUUGUGAGGAUAGAGAUGCUACUAGUCCAACAUCCAUUGGACCUGUACUCUGUCGAGCCAAAGCACUCGUCGAUUGUACACCUAGUCCGUAUGACAAAGACGCAUUGAAGUUUAAGAAAGGCGAUGUGAUCGAUGUAGUACAGAUGAAUACAAGUGGCCUCUGGAAAGGAGUGGUUCACAGUCGUAUUGGCCACUUCAAGUUUAUAAAUGUUGAGAUACUGAACGAACGAGUGCCUCGUCGUGGUGAGCCUGAGAGAGGUAAAUGGGGACAGAGAUAUAGACAAAAACCAGGUUCAGUUCAAGAGCUCUUACAGAGAAUGAAUCUUCAGGAACACAUACCGGUGUUUGUUCUAAAUGGAUAUGAGGACCUGGAACUAUUCCGGGAACUCGAGCCAGCAGACCUUGAUUAUCUGCGUAUUCAUCAUCCAGAGCACAGGGCUAAGAUUCUCACUGCUGUGCAGUUACUUCAUGAUCUCCAGUCCGGAAGUGAAGGUGACUUAGCCUCGAGUUCCGAAGGCGACGAGAUGAACCGUUUAGCCCUGACAAGUCAAACUCCAGGCCACUGUUCACCCUUCAAUCGUCGUCAGUUUCCCCGGGACUCUGGCUGCUACGACGCCCACAAGAAUCCUCGGCGUACAAUAAGCCCCGAAACCGGAAAACUCUCUCGUGAGAAUAAUCUCAAUUCAUCAGCCGUACAAAAAUGCAGCGAAGCAACUGUCCACGUUGACGCCAAAGACGAUUACCAUCCGAACAUCUCAAAUUCCGGUGCUGCAGCCAAGGAGGGACAAUUCGAGAAAUCUCCACAAUUGCGUGCAGGCACUGGUAACGUCAGAUUUAUCGCCAAACGGGGUAAUUUUGGGGAAACUGUUGUUAUCGGGGAUGAUGUGAGCCCUGGGAAAUUGGCAAUAUCUAAGUAUGGAGUUGGUGGUAGCAGUGAUCUUGGUAUUGGGUGUGAAACAGUUGCAACAGCCAGUAUUAAUCAGCGGGGAUGUUUGAGUGAAAAGUCAAGUGAUUCUGGUGUUAGUUCGUCUAGUAUCAGUUCAGCACCACCACCCAGGGACAAAGUACUCGUAACAGCUGUUGUUGAUUCACCAACUAAGACAUUUGGUAACUUUGCCAGGGGCUCACCUACGUCACAAGGAUCGAGUAAAUAGAAUGAGAGUAGUUAUCCGUAGACAUUCUAAUUAAUUAAUUUGUCUGAAUCAGAAUGAACAAGGGAAUUCGCAUGAGUUUCUUUUACCUUUUUAUUCCGAAAUUAUGACUAGAAUAAAAACGCUAGAAAAACGUAUUCAGGCUACUCUAACCUAGGCUGUGCGCGCGAAUGGGCCAGUGGAGAACUACAACUCUAACUUUGUGACGUGAUAACCAACAUGUUAAUCUCGAAAACGACUGAUUUUUAAUGAAUUGUCAAUUUUUUUUUGAUUAAUGAUUACCUUGGCUAUAUUGCAAGGGAAAAAUGAGGUGCAUGCAAGUUCACAAUUCUUCGAAACUUCUCUCGAUUAUUUUGAUAAAACCGUCGUAACACCUGUUGUUGAUUCACCAAUAAAGACAUUUGGCAACUUUGCCAGGGGCUCACUUACGUUGCAAGGAUCGAGUAAAUAGAAUGAUAGUAGUUGUCCUUAAUAUUUUAAUUAAUUAAUUCCUCUGAAUCAAAAUGAACUAAGGAACUUGUAUGAGUUUCUCUCAAUUUUUUAUUCCGAGAUCAUGUCUCCAGCAACAAGGUUCGAAAAAGUGGUCAGGCAUUGAUAGCCAAUAACAUUACAAGCUCUGGUUAAGGCCCAACCAAUCGUAAAACGUAUUCAGCCUAAUUCAACCUAGAGUGCGCGCGCAUCGGCUAGUGGAGAACUAUAACUGUGACUUUGUGACGUCAUGACCAACAAAUUAAUUAUGGACUGAGUCCUAUUCCCAUUAAAAACUGAGGUUCAUGCAAAUUCUCUAUUCAUUAACGAUUUUUUCGAUUAUUUUGUUGAAACCCUUUUAUUUCAUUCAAUGAAAAAUCAAACAGUCAAAUAAAUUCCAUUACGUUCCGAUCGCAACUCUUGAGGAUAGAAAGGGAAUGAGGAUAGGAUGGAAAUAGAAAAGCCAUUUGAUGGCCAAUUUAUUUCCCCAUGCUCACGAGAUAUUCAGGAAAAAAGACGUCCUUAUUUAACUUCAAAGAGAUAUGGUAAAUGUGGAGGAUCUUUGUAAAGCUCGUUGGAACGAGGGGAAAGGCCUAGGGUAUACCACUGACUCAGUGAGGUAUACUUGUGAUAGUAGAUCGAUUUAGGUAGGAUUGAAGGAUUAUUGCAAUAAAUUAAUGAGCAGGAAAUAUCAAGAGAUUUUCAACUUGUAUAGAACAGUUCUCGUCUGCUUUCAUCUGUUUUAAUUCAAUUAUUUAAUUUUUUUAAUCAACAAUAAAUGAGACCAACUUGGGUCAUCAACUGACGAUACUCCAUCAAUCAGAACUGCCAAUAGAAUCGCUCAAAUCCAUUCUUUUAUACAUUUUUUUAACAACGAAAGUAAGAAAACUGAUUAAUCUAGAAUAAUAACAUAUCUCGAUAAUUUAUUAAAAAAUGUUUUGAUAUUGUUUUUUCUUUUUAUAUGUUGUAUUUGGUGAUCGCCAGCUAAACAGCUUAAAUUGUAUUGAGUACUGACGAUCGACAAUCUUCUGUCAUCGUUGUUAUUAAUUCAAUAAACGAUGACAGUGUAUAUACUGUAUAUCACCAAAAAUAGUAAUUAAUCAUUAAAAGUUAAACGUGAAAAACGAAGGGAAAAGUAGGUAGACAGACACAUGUAAAUAUUGAGCAACGAGAAAUGAUAAUGAAUAAUAUGUUUCUCGUAUCGGAUUUAACUUUGCCAAAACUCAAGACUAGAUUCUAUCUCAUAGAUUGAUGGAAAAAAAUAAAACACAAACGAAAAUUAAAAAUAACAUUUACAGAUAUAUGAAUAUAUUAAUGAGUAAAAGUUGGAUCUUAUGCGUCUCUGUAUAGUGUAAUUUAUAACUGAAUGAACAAUUGAAUUUGUAAAUAAAUAAAGUAUGAAUGAAAUUGAAUAUGUUGAAUAAUAAAAGUCAACAAUUAACGAAUUCCACUUAAUCGUUGCAUGUUUACAUUUUUCCAUCAUUAUCGAGUUGCGUAGAGGUUAGUUUAAACAGAUGUACAUGCUUACCAAUGACUCAAUCAAACGAUAAACUAGCCCGGUGUCUCAUGAUAAUGUCCCAAUGGGUGUUGAGUGAAUUCUGGGGACAAUUUUUAAUUGAUAACAAAUAUUAGUUCAUUUUUAUCUGGAUUGAGUUGACUGACAGGCUUCGGUGAUGUUGCUACAUAUAGAAUUUAUCCGUUCCAUCGAUCACAAAAAAAAUGCAGUGCGUAGAGAAUAAUGAAGAUGAAAAUAAUUAAGAUGUUAAUCAGUGACGAGUUUAUGAGAUUACAAUUUAAUAAAUGAAAGAGAAAGAAAAUAGACACGAUAGUGAUUUUAUUAGCUCGACAAGAAUGAUAUUGAAAGCGCGCAAGUAGUUUUGGUGUAAAAUUCAUCAUUUUUCGUAGUAAUUGCAAUCCAGAAGAAUGAAGGGAAUACCUGUAACCCAUCCGAUUAUCAAUUCUUCCUCAAUCAAAGACUUCGCAUUCAUCGAAAGAAGAAAAAUAUCAUCCAAUGGUGUCGUACGAUUGAUGUCUGAAAUUAAAGAAGUAACAUUCGUAUAGAUUUUAGCAAUCUAGUCCGUAAUUGCUAAUUGGGGGGGAAAAUUUUUGUAAAUAAAGAGCAAUGCAAAAAUACGAAACAAUAAAAGAAAUUGAAACAUUUUUUAGCUGCGCCAUUGUGUGCGUUACUUUUUAUAUGAUCCAUUUAUUGAUUCAUUGCGGGACUAGUGGUUACAGAAUCUGACAGAAGGGUAACAGUGGGAAAUUGAAAAAAAUUAAACGAAAAAAUCUUGAGUCUUUGUAAUGAUUUCGAUCAUUGUUAAUUUAUUGACUGUGAAUAGAGAA